AAAAUUUUGAGUUACCGUGUAGUUGACAUGUAAUGAAUCGAGCAAGUGUAAACACAAAAAACAAACACAAAACUAACUGUGAUUUUGGCUUUGGGGAAUACCAAAGAGUAUUUGUACGGAACAACGAAAUCGAACUGUUUUCCAAGCUCUGAGUGAGAGAUAUCUCCACAAAUAUAUUAUCAAAUAAUACAUCUCCUGUCGGGUCGUCGGAUUGUCGGUUUCUCGUUGGGUCGUCGCGAAGCAUAUAGUAAAAACAGAUUCUGCUGGUAAAUAAAUGAGUAAAUUAUUUAUUCACUCUCGCUCUCUCACGUGUAAAAUAUAAAUCUGCCCGAGUGCGUCCCUCCCCUCUUCUGACUGAGCGUGUGUUUUAUUUUUUUUUGUGUGAGUUAGUCAGCUGCGGAACAAUGCAACAAUGUGAGACGGGACAGCAGCGAGAGACGAAGCAGAAGCAGAAGCAGCAGCAGCAGCAGCGAACCCCAUACACCAGCAGUAGCAGCAGCCCCACAAGUCCCCAUCCUCAGCCGCCUAGCGAGGACUGCAACGCCAACGCCAACGCCAGCGCCAGCGACCACGCCUACGCCUACGCAAGCGUCUGCUGAGGCAGCAGCAGCAUCAGCAGCAGCAGAGAGGAGCGGAAAGCGAGGAGGGCAAAGCAAGCUGACAAGAAGAGCGACAGACUGACACGCGGAAGAGUGAGAGUGAGAGUGAGGUUGAGAGCGAGAGUGAGAGUGAGAGAGUCACGGGAGAGAGACACGUCGGGUAGGUAGGCCAAGGCCGAGGCCAUGCCCAGCACAGCCGGCAGCGCUGCUAGCGUCGGAGCUUUGAUCAACAGCGCCGGCAGCAGCGCCAGCGUCAUGGGCAUCGGUGCGGGCGGCGGCAGUGGCGUGGGCACAGGUGUGGCUGCUGCUGCCGCUGCCGAGGUGGGAGCCGGCGCUGCAGCCGCCGCCUCAGCGGGCACCCUGAUAGCGCAGAGCACGGCGGGCACGAGCGCCGCCAGCGGCACGAUCACGUGGGACAACAACGGCACCCUGCGCUCCAUCAAUCCCGGUGACUGGUCCAUCGAGCAGUGCCUCAACUGGCAGCAGCCGCACCACCUCUACUUUCAGCUCGGCUGGGCCUUCCUCUUUCUGGCCUUCCUGGCCCCCCACGGCCCCUUCGGCUCGCUGUGGAUGCGGGCGAUGCUGCUGAUCGGCUGCAUCAUGAUGGGGAUGUACGGCUAUCUGGUGGAGUGCACCCCGGAUGUGGUCCUCUGGUCAGGCCUUGGCAUCGGCGUCAAUUUCAUCUAUCUCAUUGUGGUGCUCUGUCGACUGCGACCCGUGCGCUUCGAGCAGGAGAUUGAGGCGGUAUACAUGGCCCUGUUCCAGCCGCUGCAUGUGACGCGCCAUCAGUUCAAAAAGGUGCUUAACUGCAUGAAGGUGAUACGUGCCCUGAAGUACCAGGAGGUCUAUGCCCAGGAGAAGGUCACCAAGGUCGAUAGCCUGUCGCUGGUGCUGAGUGGCAAGUUGGUCGUGUCGCAGCAUCAGAGGGCAUUGCAUAUUGUGUUUCCCCAUCAGUUCCUAGACUCGCCGGAAUGGUUUGGCGUAUCGACAGAUGAUUACUUUCAGGUCUCCAUUAUGGCCAUGGAGGAGUCCCGUGUGCUCAUCUGGCAUCGCGACAAGCUCAAAUUGUCAAUUAUGGCCGAGCCCUUCUUGCAGACCGUCUUUGAUCAUAUAUUGGGUCGGGAUGUUGUGAAGAAACUUAUGCAGGUCACACAGGUGAGCGAAUCGAUAGCCAGCAAUGGCUUCCUGCCAUCUGGGGGUUAUGCGGAGGAUGCCGAGGAUAAGCCGAUGCUCAUACUGAAGAAGAGCGUGGAUGUGGGCCAUGGACUGACAGCGCUGAUCAAUCGACAGCUGCAGGAAGAGCAUGUUCCCUUACUUGGUCGCACGUACAAACAACAACUGCAACUGCAACUGCAACAAGAACAACUGCAACUGCAACACCAACUGCAAAUGCAACUGCAACAAGGGCCACGAGUGCACGAGUCCUCCUCCACCUCAAACAACAACGAUCAAAGUGCUCUGUAAAAUGAAGGGGGAAAUGAAGAAAUGCUGCUACAACGAUGCCACUCGCAACGCGCAACUUGCUACUCGCUCCACUUGCCAUACCAACAAAACAGUUCACCUCUGACCCAAAACCAAUACAAAAAAACAGACGACAAUCAACCAAUCACGACACGAUACCUCCACCGCCUCCGCCACCGCAGAAGGUACACACACACACACGCAAUCGCUGAGAACAGGAGCCCACCAACAGCAACAGCAGCAGCAGCAACAGCAGCAUUAUCCUCGUCAUCAUUCAGUCCAUCAUUCACUCAUCAAGCCGAUCCGAUCGCAGAGAGAGCCAGCGCCAACUCCAGCGCCUAUUUAUCAUCCAGAAGCAAACAUCGCAUCGCAUCGCAUCUCAUAGAAUCUAGCACACAUACACACACACACACACACACUUCCCCGCCUCCUCCUCUAACCAGAUCUAAUCACUCUAAUAGCAUUACAAUAUGUACUCUAUAUGUUUUGUAUAACCAAACGAGAAACCCCAAACCCAAAACGAAGAUCCAAACAAACAAGCCAGGCACCAUUCGAAUUGCGCAGACCAAACAAAUCUAACUUGUCACUCUACACUCUCCCGCACUGAUACCCCAAGUACACGCCACAGAAAAUCUUACGAAAGGAAAGCACACCCAUUGAAGCCCAUCAAUCGACACCGCUAAUGAAAGAUCACAGAGAAGGCAGCGGAGCUUUAAAUUGAAUUGAAUUGAAUCUGAGGAAUUUGUUGAAGUUAACUCAAAUCCUUGAAUACGACUACUCGUAUGAGUUGUAGUCAAACCAGAUCCACAUCCAGAUACGAACAUGAGAUACUCGACUGACUGAUCAUGAUCAAACAUCCAUAUACUUGAUGUUUGAUUUUGAGUAUGUGUACUCUCGCGCGAGUAUAGUAUGUUGUAGUUAAGAUGUUUGUUUGGCUCUGAUCAUGAUCAUAGGCUAGUUCUCUGACAUAUGAUAGUGCAGCGAAGCGAGAUCUGAAGUUGAUAGACGUUUGUGACUGAUCUUGAGCACAGAUUCAAAUUAGACUAAGAUACUUGACUGUAGCUUAAGAGAUUUCUCAUCAUAUAUUAGACUUUUGGUGUAGAUUAUGUUCUGUUUCAUAGAUUGUGUCAGUCGUGGCAAUCGAUAGAUAAUUGUAAUCUGCAGCUGUAUGAAUUUCCAGCUUCUUCAAGAUCCUUAAAAGAUUGUGCCACCAGCAGAGACAUCAUUGAUUCGGAUACCCGAAAAAAAAGCAACUGCUUGGAGAACAGCUCUCGACUUCACCGAUUGAAGAUCGAGCGAAGAUCAAUGUGUGAUGAGUGGUGUUGGGCCGGGGGCGGGGGAAUCGAGUGACAAGUGAUGAUGAUUAAUGAAUGAUAAAUGAUCUUUUAACCCAAAACGAAAUCUUCAAAAGAUCUGUUCUCUGAAUGAAUUUUUGUUAUCUAAUAUACUUUCUACCCAUUUGUUUGUCAUUAACACAUUUAUAAUAUUACUGCUAUUAUUUGUUGUUUGUGUUCUCCACAUUUAUGUUGAUUUGCAUACAAAUUGAGCGCGAAAACUAAUUAGAUUUAAUAUUUAAUACUGUGUAAGCAAUACCUAGGCACCUAAGUCUUUGUACAUACAUAACCAUUCUUGCAAUAUAGGACGUACACACCAUGCUAUAUAUAUUUAUAUCUGAUCUGCUGUGUAUAAUCGCCCCGCUCCAAUCGCAGGCCCAAGUCCCAUCCCCCCCACACGAUACCCCAACAAAUAAUUAUUUGUAUAACGAAAGGAAUAAAUGUGAAUGUGUAAACAAGCCAAAAACGAAAGCAAAUAAAAAACUAAAAAUCAUAUUAUAUAUAUCAAGAGAAGAACAUCCACUCAUCCACUCGUUUCGUAUCAGAUACAUGUAUACUAUAUCUUCCAAUCGAUGGGAAGGCACGCGCUCUGCCGCCGCCGACUGUCGACCAUUUGGCAUCAUUAACAAUAUUUUGGCAUUGAUUUGUUUUUUAUUUUAAUAACAAAAAUAUUUUCUAUUUAAUUAAACAAUUUUGCUAUUGUCGCGAUCUCCGCGCCGACUAUUGAUUGCGAUCUGUCGCUGUCUGUCUGUCCGUCUGUCCGUCCAUCUGUUGUGCCGAGCACCGAUGAUCGCGGGAGUGUGACGGCACGGCGGUUGGGUAUUCUGUGAGGCAUGUGGCAAUCUCGCACACACUCUGUAAACACAUCAAAAGCUGAGCUGACGAUCACUUCCGCCCCUUUUGCAAGCCCGUGUAUCAAUAAUUAUUGUAGUGUAAUUAGCAAAACAUUCACUUGUCUUAGAGACUUAUUAACGGUUCUACAGCAGGAGCAACACUUCUAUAAAGGAAUUAAGCGGAAAGAAUAACUUGCUGGCCAUCCAAUGAAAGCCAGCUACUGGCUUCUGGCGCGUCUGAUACGUCAGAUAGUACUUUAUAAGAUAGUCUUAUCUUGGGGAGCUAGAGUACGUACUAUAUAUAAGAUCUAUCGAAUCCAUAGCUAAAGAAUAUAACUGUCUGGAUGAUUCAUUGAUUAAUCGAUCUACAACAAAGUUCAAACACAGAAAUAGCAUAGUCUCGAAAUAGAAUUCGAUUAGAGGCUCUCGAAAUAUCACGUGCGAUUAGGAGGCGCGUGACACACUGACCUAUAGUUUAAAUGUUCAAACCACAGUCGUAUUUUGACUAGUCGUAAUUUGUAUCUGAAUUUAUGUAUAUCUCACUCUCUCUCACUGUUUACCUCUGCUUUCCUCCUCACUCAAAUGACUUUCAUAAUUCCCACCCUUCCAUAUAU